AUGCCGGAUUUGGGUCGGAAAUGCGGGAUUUUGGGGUUCUGGCAGGUGAUUUACACCGUCAGGGACCCCAAGGACGUGCUCGUGUCCCUGUUCCACUUCUCCCGGAUCUUCCGGCCCUACAAAGACCCCGGGAGCCUCGAGGAGUUCAUGGAGAAAUUCCUGGAGGGAGACGUGCCCUUCGGCUCGUGGUUCCAGCACGUCCGGGGGUGGCUCCAGCUCCGCGGCCGCGACAAUUUCUUCUGGAUCAGCUACGAGGAGCUGCAGCAGGACCUGCGGGGCAGUGUCCAGCGGCUCUGUGCGUUCCUGGGCCGGCGUCUGAGCGCGGCCGCCGUGGACGCCGUGGUGGCCAACGCCUCCUUCGGGGCCAUGAGCCAGAACCCCAUGAGCAACUUCAGCCGCAGCCCGGCCUUCAUCCUGGACCCCCGCAGGGGACCCUUCCUCAGGAAAGGUGAAUUUUAG